UUUCUUUACAGCACAUUAUGUUGGUCAAAGUGAGAUUUGGUGAAACUCAGAAGUAUGUUAAAGUUGCCCAAACUGAAGAGGGCUAUGAAGACUACAAUACAUUUCUUCAGAAAGUCAUAGAAAAGUUAGGUCUUCCAUUGCAGACCGAGCUGCAUGUCACAGAUGAAUCUGGGACAGAAGUGGAUGCGGAUGUGUAUGAGGAGCUUUUAAAAGCAGGGAAUCUUAUCAUUCAUGUGUCCACAGAAAAGUCUACAGUUGUGCUUAAUCAAGAUCUCUCACAUUCUUCGUCAGAGUUGCUUGUGUCCAACACGUCAUCCUCUGUGGCGUCUGAUUCAUCAGAUGCAACAGUGAUUCUUGAUAGAAACAAUGUAUAUAAAAGAACCCACAUUGAGCGGGAAUCAGCAAAUGAGAUGGUGAGAAACGUUCUCCAGUCUAAGCCGGGGGGAGAAAAAAUCUUGCACGAGUAUGACAAAACAAAGACAUUGACGGAUGCUACACGGCGACAAAUGGUAAACCUCCUGGUUGCAGACAUGAUGGAAGUACAUGGGAGAAUACCACCAACCCAUGUGCGAACAAAAUAUGCUGUUGGCAUCACCACUCUAUUUCCCAACCUUAGUGAUCCAUACUCUGGAAACGGAUAUGAACACUACUAUGAUGCAGAAAGUGGGUCUGGCUACUUGGCCUGGAGGAUAAAGACCGUCCAGCGCAACACUGCAGUUCAAUCUCGGAGAUGCUCCACCAGCACUACGUAUGGUCCAAAGAGCAAGAGGGAUUUUCUCCUGGCUGACAAGCAACUGUUCGGCGAGGAAUGCCGUGAGGCAAUAUCCUUAUUGAAACAUUCAACUGAUGUGUCAGUUGUCAAAGAUAAGAUGAUGGCAACAUUUCAAUACCGCCAGACGCUAGUUCAGGACCAGCAAAACUCUGCAACAGUCUUGGAUGUGUUCCCGCGGUUUCUCGACAUCCCCGGCUUGAUUGACCAAGAUUUCACCAUGAUGUUUGGAGAAGAGGUUUCUGGCAGAUUUUUGGCAAAAUGGCCGACAUACUUCAAACCCAGGCUCCUGGCAGACUGCAAGAACCGGACUUCUAAUGAGCAUGUUGAAGAACUCUUGUCUGCACAGCAAAACUCAAAUGAGUCUGGCUGGGACAGUGACCUGUCAAGCGUUCUACUGCUGGUUCACCUGCUCCCCCCUACGUCAAAAGGCCACAAGAAGAGUGCUAAGAUUAGCUCAUAUCAAGCUGUCAACCAUGUGGCGAGAUAUCUUAAGAUUGGAGCCAGUGUUGAGGCCUUCCUAGGGAGCUUGGAACCAGGACAGCCCUUCCUCCUCUGUGUUGGUGAACAGAAGAACAACAUUCAGAGGUUCUAUGUCAUCAUUGACAAGAAGGCCAUCCCUUGCAAGGCGCAAACAUCCCUGGCAGCUUUCGAUGAGCUUUUCAAGGCACACUUCAUCUUCAGUGUUAACUACCAUGAAUCCCUCAACAGCUUCUACACAUUCAUCCAAACCACAGUGUUUAACAUCGACUUGGGAAGUACCAAGGAAAGUCCCAGAGUAAAGGAACUCAGAGCAAGGCUGUUUCACACUAAUAUUUGAGCUGAUACACGUCCUUGUUUGCAAAUAUGCUGAUAUGUUUUAUUUGUAAGGCACACCAGAAAAGUUCUGCAUUGCUUUGUCAGCAUUUGAGACUUCACCAUGGAUUAUAUCCAGGAAAGACAUUACGUUUGAAAUGUGGACAACCGGGAUGUUCUUUAUCAUUUUGUACGUAUUCAGGGUUCAAAAAACACCUUUUUCGUUUGCACAAGGACACUU